AUGUUGUUACAGUGGAAAAUUAUCGUAAUUAUCAUUCUCCUUGUCACUGCAAUGGCUCAGGGCAUUUCCACAACAUCCACAACGUACAAGACAAAGUCGGGAAUUUUACCGUGGGUCGAUGUGGCAACGUCGACUCAAGCUCAAAGUCAUAAAUCUUCACGUGGAGAUACUUGGACACUUGUCAUGAGCGACGAGUUUAAUACAGAAGGUCGUCGUUUUGAUGCUGAAGAAGAUCAUCUAUGGACAGCAAUUGACAAACCAGAUGGAGUGAAUGCUGCACUCGAAAUCUAUUACUCCAAUAUGACAGGAACCAAGUGCGAUAAUGAUAGCAAUUGCUAUUUUUACAUUGAGUCUGAUAUUCAUGAAACAAAUCUUACAGUCUGGAAUGAAUAUAUUUCACCUCCUGGUUUUGAGAAUGUGACGUUUUAUUAUCGAUCAGCUAUGGUACAAGGUUGGAAUAAAUUCUGUUUUCAAGGAGGACUAGUCACUGUACGAGUUCAAUUGCCAGGUGCAGUCACAAAUGCAACAGGUAAUCCAGACGUUGCCACUGGUUCGACUAGUGUCCGUGCAACUAAAGUUGAAUACUACCCAACAUGGCCUGGUAUUUGGUUAAUGGGAAAUCUUGGUCGUGCUAUUUUCACGGGCUCCACAGCUCGGAUGUGGCCGUUCUCGUACAAUGAGUGCAAUGACACCAUCUUUGACUCACAAAAUCAGCGAAUCAGUGCUUGUGAUGCCAACCCUGGGUCUGGAAUGCGUCCAAAUCAAGGACGCGGUGCUCCGGAAAUCGAUAUUCUUGAAGGAGGUGGUACUGCGAUUUCUUCCUCAGUUCAAUUGGGACCGGGAAUGCCCAACGACUUCCGAAUGUUCACCGAUAAUUCGUCGGCCUUUUGCUUUUACAGCUAUGAAUGUACGGCAAUAGGUGCCAACAACCAGGAUGUCCCGACCAAGUACUACUGGGAUCGACGCGGACAUAAGUCAUGGUACCAAGGACUGCGGUAUGCCGCUAACAACCUCUGCGAUGUCAAGAGCGACGAUAUACAGAGCUUUGCGACAAUUAACGCGUCCGUGACUAAGGGUAUUACCAAGAAUGCGUGCACAAUGGAUUUGUGUCCGGCGUCAUUCGAUGUGAAUGCUGACUUGGGCUACAAGGACAAUGGAACAGUGCACUGGGGUGUCAACUCAAAUGGUACAUGCUUUCCAAAGCAAAACGCCUACAUGGGCUCAUACCUAUGUAAUGCCGGUAACACUGCAUCGGAGUGUACGCAGUCGGGUGGCUCAACGAGUGCUGAAUCGAUGUUUGAGUACCGGAUGGACGCUAUUUCAUCAAAUUGGGAAGUGCACAUGGCUGCUUAUCUGGAUUGGGUGACGUACUCACUGGAAUGGGUCACGGGAGACUCGGGCUACAUUCGCUGGGAAGUGGAAGGACAGGUUAUCUUCGAAAUUCCGUCAGAAGCAAUCACAAACCCGCCGCAGAAUGCCGCCCAGAUGAACCCCAAGAAGCUGAUGAUUGAAGAGCCAAUGUACUUCAUUUUUAAUGUUGCGCUCUCAAGCACAUGGGGCUCAAAGCCUCCCAAUGCAGGUACAAGUGGUUGCUACGGUGAUGGUACAGAUAACACAACGGUCGCGAUCUGCGAUGCGUUCCCGAUGUUCAUGAAGAUUGAUUACAUUCGCGUGUACCAGGAUGUAUCCAAGGGCUCAUCGAUGGCCUACGGGUGCGAUCCGGUGACACACCCGACAAAGCAGUGGAUUCAGGACAACAUCGAGGACUACCAGGACGAUGACAACUUGGUGGUAUACGUUUCGGGCAUGGCGUUCUGCGAGUCCGAUGACGACUGUACCAUCUCGAGCAGUGACUUGACUGAUGUGACUACGGGUAGGUGCAACUCCAAUAGUCGCUGUGAGUGUUCUGAUUCAUGGACUGGACCUCGCUGCACGGAGACUGCUAGCAAUGAGGACAGUGACAGCCUGUUUGGCCCCUCGGUGCUAGUAGCUUCUUCAGUCGCUGUCGUGGCUUGUGUUGCCUUCAUUGCUAAUAUGUACAAGGUGACCCAGGCCAAGCACAACGGUGCCCGUAUGCGCGGUCACUCAAAAGUCAAUGCGAAGCACGCCAAGCAGAUUGACAUGACUGAUGUCGACUAA